UCUAAAAAUUGUUUCCUAAAAAUAUUUCAUCUUCCACCUCUCCUCCUUCCUCUUCUCUGGUUAAUGCUUUUGCCUAAAACAUUUUCUCAUUUUCCCGCUGCUACCUCCUUCCCCUUCCCCUCUCUAGUUUUUCUUCUCCUUUACCUCUCUGGUUCUUUGAGCUCUAAAUUCAACAUUCACAUCACACACCGCACUAAUCACCCUAUCGCCGCUCCUAUUCCCCCACCGCCGCGUUGCUGCUACUGUUCUCACCGACGCGUCACCGCUGUUGUUCCCCCACCGCCGAAUUCGUCCUCUUCCUACUGCCGUUGCAACACACAUGUGUAGCUCCUCCUUAUCGCUUAUAGCAGUCGACGAUGUGAUUGAAGGGAGCCGUAAAUACAUAAAUGUAUAUGUAUACAACACGAUAGAUGUUGUUGGUAUUGAUGAUGUUGAUAGGCUAGCAAGACUGGCAAACUCUAUUGUCAUUAGUGCCAACAUGAAGAUUGUUGGCAAGAAUGUGCAGUGGGCGGAGAAGGGACUAGUUAGAGGUUAUACUAAGCCUUAAGGCCGACAACUUAACUUUUGUGAGCCAGUGGUUCUCUCUGCGGUAUGUAUUCUGAUCAUAUCUCUAUCUCUCUCUCUCUCUCUCUCUCUGGGCGGACAUUUGAUAUUGCUUAUAAGACCUAAUUUAUCAAACCUACUGAUAAGACCCUAAAGAUCCUCAACAAAGUUUUAGUGAAUUACAAACUGGUUUACUCAUUUUUGUCCUCGUCAGUUAGUAUUUGAUUUUAUGUCUACGGUUCAUUUGUUGUAAAUUCUUGAAUUAUACAGUUAUACAUCUAUAGUUAUUGAUUUGAAAGGAAUUCCUUGUGGAUUUUAGUUUGCAUGCUUUAUUUAUAUCCUAUAUCCCGCUUGUAAAAUAAAACAUUGCCGAAUUCAUAAAUACGUGUUUUGAACAUUUUGU